AUGAGCCAAAGCGGAUCCGCCGUCGAAACUACGGAUGGCUUAACAGAUGUCACAGAGGAAGAAUAUCUGCAGGAGAAGCGGAGGUUGGAAGACUAUCAAACGGAAUACAUUGCAUCGUCUUACGAGCGAGAACCCCGCAUCCCCUGGGCGGACGUCAGGGGGAGCUUACAAGCGUUUUAUACCGAGCCCCUGGAGACAUCAGAGAAGGCAUGGAAGAACUCUUGUUACCGACCCCAGUCCACGAGCAUCCCAACCGGUCUACCACCGAUCAUGAAUGAUUCGGAGGCUGAACGAGAGAGACUCCAUGCAGCAGUAAACGUUUACGCUUCCAGCGGGUUCACCGACACGACGAAGAGCGAUCUGAUUUCGCUCAUUGAGUAUGGGCACAAAGCUCGAUCAGCAAUGUUCAAUCGAUCAACGGGCCGGAUCGGGACGUCAAUGACGGGAGCAUCAUCGGCCGAAGGGAAAGGUCAGGCGGGCCCAACUGGUCAUUACCUUCACCCUGAGAGGCACGGGAGGCCUGGCCAGGAUGCUGAGACGGGCGUCGAAGCGGAGGAGGAGAAGGGGCAAGAUUCGCAUGGAGAGCAUGACAGCGUGACGCAUAUGUCGGAAUGA